AUGACAACAAUCUUGAUAGACAACUACGACUCAUUCACCUGGAAUCUAUACCAAUAUGUCAGUGAGCUAGGUGCAAAUGUGGUAGUAUUUCGUAAUGACCAAGUCACUCUCUCUGACCUCGAUGCGCUUUCCCCUCGCAACAUCAUUAUCUCACCUGGACCAGGUCAUCCAGCUAAUGAUUCGGGCAUAUCUCUAGACGUCAUUUCUUACUAUGCGGGCAAAAUACCGAUCUUGGGAGUAUGCUUAGGUGAGCAAUGCAUAGCACACGUCUAUGGAGGAUCAGUCUCAGGCAUUGGAGAUAUAACACAUGGAAAGACAAGUACAAUCAUACACGACGGCAAAGGUGUAUUCAUAAAUGUUCCCCCCGAAAUAUCUGCUACCAGAUAUCAUUCCCUGUCAGCCGAACCACCUUCCAUACCAGAUGUAUUGGAAGUAACAUCUUGGACCGAAAAUGGAAUCGUAAUGGGUUUAAGACAUCGAGAGUUAACUAUCGAAGGCGUGCAAUUCCAUCCAGAGAGUAUACUCAGUGAGCAUGGGAAAACUAUUCUAGAAAAUUUUUUGAGACUAGAAGGAGGAAGAUGGGAAGAUAAUCCUGCUUAUCGUAUUGGUACCCCUCUAGCAAGCACAACCCUAAUCACUAAAGCAGUGCCCAGCAUUCUAGAUAAAAUAUACAAACAGCGACUACUUGACGUCGCCGCGGCAAAGAAGGAACCUGGAACUAGCACAACUGAUCUCAAAAAGCUACUUGCGUUACACGUCGCGCCUCCAUUAAUCGACUUUUCGGCUAGAAUCAAACAAACUCUUCCCGAAUACCCUGCUAUUAUGGCCGAAGUUAAAAGAGCAUCGCCUAGCAAAGGAAACAUCAAUCUAUCGGUGAAUGCUGCUCAGCAAGCAUUAGAAUAUACCCGCGCAGGUGCAUCUGUUAUUUCAGUGUUAACCGAAGGAAGGUGGUUCAAGGGUAGUUUAAAUGACAUGCGCCAAGUGAGAGAUAUUCUAUCAUCCAUUCCAAACAGACCAGCAAUAUUAAGAAAAGACUUCAUUGUAGAUACUUACCAGAUCAUGGAGGCUAGAUUACAUGGAGCUGACACCAUUCUUUUGAUAGUCUCAAUGUUAUCGGAUGAGCAACUGGUCGAGUUAUACGAUUUUGCAAAGGAUUUAGGAAUGGAACCGUUGGUCGAAGUCCAUGACGAAAUAGAAAUGAAGAGAGCACUUGCUUUGGGUGCUAAAGUAAUUGGCGUCAAUAACCGUAACCUACAUAAUUUUGAAGUUGACGUGGGAACUACGUCUCGAUUGGCUGAGUUGGCUCCCAAGGAUGUCAUUUUAGCUGCACUAAGCGGUAUAUCCACACGCGAUGAUGUAUUACCCUACCUCGACCACGGUGUGGGUGCAUUCUUAAUUGGGGAAGCAUUGAUGAAAGCGAAAGACAAACGAUUGUUUGUCGAACAGAUUCUAGGUAUUGCUCCUCCAACACACGACGCUCAAAAAGACGACCAACCCGAACAACAAGAACUACAAAAAACUAGUACUUGGCCCAAGAGUCCACUAGUGAAGAUAUGUGGCAUAAAUACAGUCGAAGCCGCUAUCGAAGCGACGGACGCGGGUGCUGAUAUAAUCGGACUAAUCUUUGCCAAGUCUAAGCGGCAAGUAACAGUUGACCGUGCAUUAGAGAUUGUCAAUGUGAUUCGAGAACUGCAAUCGGAAAAAUUAUUCGAUUCAGUUAAAGUUGAACCUGAAGAGAAAUCGCGAACGAUUCUACCAGGAGAAGAUGCCUGGUUUCAUAUUCACGCACAAAGGAUUAACAGAGCGCGGAAACCAUUAAUUGUUGGCGUAUUUCAAAACCAAUCGCUCGAUGAAAUCAUCACUAUUACGGACCAUGUAAAAUUAGAUCUUAUUCAACUGCAUGGAGAUGAGCCACUUGACCUUGCUCGGUACCUGCCGGUUCCGGCGAUCAAAGCAUUUCAUAUAGAUCAAUCAUUCAAAAAUAUCACCCUUGUCACUCAACCCGGUUACAACGCUUAUGUGUUAUUAGAUACCAAGGUGCACGGCUCCGAGUAUUCUGGUGGAAGUGGGAAGACGUUCGAUUGGAGUUUCGCUAAAAAAGUGCAUGAUGCAGGAGUGCCGGUUAUUCUAGCAGGUGGACUGACUCCAGAUAAUGUGAUUGAUGCAGCGACGACAGUUAAGCCAUGGAUUGUUGAUACUAGUAGCGGUGUUGAGACUGAUGGAGAGAAAGACGUCAUUAAAAUUGUAGAAUUUAUAAAAAAUGCCAAGAGUGUUGUAUAUGAAAGUGAAGAAGUUAGAGACAUAUUGAAGGAAAUUAAUGACGAUCCAGAAAGUGAGAAUAGUGACGACAGAGAGGAAGAAAAUAAAGAGAAUAGAAUUAGUGAGAAGGCAGGGGAGAGCGAUGGCAAUGUUCUUCAUUGA